CAGGGGCAGGACAGAGCCUACUAACAACCAGCCCAGCGGCGUCAUCCAAAAAGUGGGUUUUAACUUCGCUUUUACUCGCACCCUCAACCUCAACACUCUCUGAAACCCUACCCAGCUAACGCUUCCAAAAACGGCGACGCUUUCUCCGGCAAAUCUCAGGCAAAAUUUCAAACUACUGGUAGUCAGUUAGUUGUCCAAGUUUUCUUAAAGGACUAACCCAGCUACGGUGGCUUCUUGAAUUCACUCGCAUAUUCAAAUUUGACUGCAGAUAGCAGCAUGAUUGACAAAGUUUUCAAGCAUUGUGAGCACAAUGGGACAAUUGAUAAGCUAUCCAAGAAGGGUUGUCAAUGCUUUUGUCCCUGGAGUUGAGGAUUUGUAGUGUAGGUUUUCCUACGAUUCUCAUUUUGAUAUUACAAAUCAUAAUUGUGAGAGAGAUGGAGCAAACACAGUCAGGUAAUGGAGGAGCAGAAGCAGUUCUAAAUCUCGAACCCAGCUCUUCAAUUUCUAUUGCAUAUCACUCUCUAUUUGGUCCUCAUGAUGACCUGAUCCUCCUUGAGCUUGAUGAGAAACUUCUACCAGAUAUCCUUCAACAAAGGAUAACCUUAAGAGGACAACCUGAUGAAGAUGCAGUUCUCUGCACUGGGUCAAAAACUUAUGGUAUCAAGUUUGUUGGUAAUUCUAAUUCUGUAUUCCUUAUACCCCCUUCAGAUCAAACAGAAUUUUGUGAAAAUUCUUUAGAUUGUAAGAGGAAAGAUGAUGACCAACAAGGUGUUGCAUCUGUUAUCAAAGUCGCACCUGGUAACAUGGAACUUGUUGAAGUUGCUCCAAGACUUGACAAGCUUAAAUUGCUUCUCUCUGAGAAUCCUUACACGUUCCAGGAGGACUUGGAAAUGGAGGAUUUGGAGGUGGUAGAGAAAGGUAAUACAGGACUCUAUAAAUGGGAUGAUCUUGUUGAAAAGGUUCAAGCUAGUGAUGAGGAAUUGAGGUCUGAAUUACAGGCUCUUUCAGCGGUGGAGAUUGGUGGUUAUUGGAGAAUAGUUGAUGUGAAGUACAUGGACACAAUUCUGAGGAUGCUAUUGCACAAUUCAGUAAUAAAUGACUGGUCACUUGAUGCACUUAAUGAAGAUGAAGUAGUGAGUAUGCUAGAAUCAGAUGGGUAUCCUCACAAACUUGCACAUCAUUGUUUGCAUGUGUAUGGUAAUAAGGUGGAUGAGAAUUUGAGUAGGCAGGUGUGGAAAUUGGAUGAGAGGCGAGUAUGUGUGCAUUUUGCAAGGGAAAUUCUGAAAGAGGGGAAGAAGAAAAUGGAAAGUUUCAUGAAGGAGUGGAUGCAGAAGAUUCCAGAAGGGAUGCAAGCAAGCUUUGACAUGUUGGAAGGCGAAGUUUUGACAGAGAGGCUUGGUGUCGAGACUUGGAUUCGUGCCUUCAGUGUUUCUUCUUUGCCAUCUUCACCUGCUGAGCGUUUCUCCAUCCUUUUUAGAGAGCGGCCAAAAUGGGAGUGGAAGGAUUUACAGCCUUACAUCAGGGAUCUGAGUGUACCUGGUCUGUCUUCAGAAGGUUUGCUCCUCAAAUACACUCGAAGAUCACAACCAACCCAGGAUGCAGAACCAGUUUUCAGUGCAAGAUAGUUCGAACACAAUUUAUACAAAUCAGAGUAAGAUAGUCAGGUGCUCUAAAAGCCUUGGAUACUCAUAUUAUCCCAAAAAAAAAAAAAAAAUGGUGUCAUAAUAUUUCAGGUGCCUGUAUGCAUGUGCCCUUUUUAUAAAUGGUUUGAGAGAGUUAAGUCUUGGGAAUAGAACUUAAAAUCACCAACUUGUUAAUAUAGCCCAUAUGAUCCUAGCCAAUGUGUAAACUUAACUUUCUCUUUCACAAAGCUUUGUAGUGGUUGAAAAUCAUUUGAUGUCUCCUUAGAACAUCAUUAAAGUUAAAACUAGGACAUAUUGACAUAUUAACAUUUCAAAUUGAAUUAUCAAUGUCAUAACUAGGAGGUUUUUCCUGUAGGCCUCCUUA